GCAUGCCCCGGGGCGCUCCUUCCUGCUGCCUGACCCUGCAGGGACACCAUCCCCGGCCCGGCCCCGCCCCCCGCAGGCCCCAUGGCCGCCUCCCCGGGGGAGGACGAGGACGAGGAGGAGGAGGAGAAGAAAGAGAAAGAGAGAAAGAGAAAGAGGAGGAGAAGGGGGGACAGAGCGGCAGAGAGAGGGAAGCUUCUGCUAGAGAAAAGAAGGAAAAGCCUCCCUUUUUACCAGAGGAGCCGUCCUCCUCCUCAGAUAAUCCUGUUCCACACGAGUUGUUAUGUCUCAUUUGUAAGGAUCUAAUGACUGAUGCAGCUGUUAUUCCCUGCUGUGGAAACGGUUGUUGUGAUGAAUGCUGUGAACAACUUCAAAAAUGGAACUGGCUACACAAAAAGGCUCCGUCAGCAGAUUCAGCAGCAACAGCAGCAGCAGCCGCUACUGCCACCGCCUCCACCACCACUCCUGAGUGGUACACCUCCUGCUGCUCUGGUGACUGCCGCUGAACCUUCUACAUCUUCCUCUCUGUUCACCAGCAGUUCGUUGGAAGAGAAGGGCUAUCAGGAUCCUGUGCGAAGGCAACCAGCAUUAGCAAGUCGUCUGGGCCCCCAAGGACAAUCAAUACCCACCACUGGCUGGUCGUUCCUGGUAAACUGAAUAACUUGGUCAAAGAAUGGAUUUCAGAACUUGGUGAGAGCAAGGUGCUGGUGAGAAAAGUCCACAGGCUGCAAAUUGCAAAUGGCCGCUAAUGUACCAUGCAGCUGUGGUGCUGGCCACCCUGGCGUCCAUAGUCCUUCUGGCAGCUUUGGGUCACCUGGUUAAAUCGCUGCUGAAGAAUAGGAAACAGUGAGUUGGUCUUCCCAGCAUUCUUGCACAGCAAAGCAUUCCCAGUGGCAGCAUCCUGGAGUGCAGUUCACUCAGGGUAGCAGCACCCUGUUAGCAUUUCAUAGAAUCAGAAUCAUAGAGUUGUGGAAUGGUUUGGGUGGGAAGGGACCUUUAAAGAUCAUCUAGAGCAACCCCUCUGCCAUGGCCAGGGACAUCUCUCACUACGUCAGGUUGCUCAA